GAAGGUGCCCAGCCCGCCCCGGAUGGGCAUCGUGGAGCCGGGCUGCAGAGACAUGCUGACGGGCACUGAGCCGAUGCCGACGAGUGACGAGGGUCGGGCGCCGGGCGCCGACCCACAGCACCGCUAUUUCUACUCGGAGCCAGGCGCGCAGGACGCGGCCGACCGUCGUGGGGGCGGCAGCCUGGGUGCGCCCUACGCCCCGGGCGCCCUGGUGCCGGCUCCGCCCGGACGCUUCCUCGGAGCCUACGCCUAUCCGCCCCGGCCCCAGGCGGCUGGCUUCCCCGGCGCAGGCGAACCCUUCCCGCCGCCGGCGGGCACGGAGAGCUACCAGCCCGGGGAUGGCUACCCCGCCCCGGACCCGCGGGCUGGGCUCUACCCAGGAUCGCGCGAAGACUACGGGCUGCCUGCGGGGCUGGAAGUGUCGGGGAAGCUGAGAGUCGCGCUCAACAACCACCUGUUGUGGUCCAAGUUCAAUCAGCACCAAACGGAGAUGAUCAUUACCAAGCAGGGCCGGCGGAUGUUCCCAUUUCUGUCAUUCACUGUGGCUGGGCUGGAACCCACCAGCCAUUACAGGAUGUUUGUGGAUGUGGUCUUGGUGGACCAGCAUCACUGGCGGUAUCAGAGUGGCAAGUGGGUGCAGUGCGGAAAGGCUGAGGGCAGCAUGCCAGGGAACCGUCUGUACGUCCACCCAGAUUCCCCCAACACUGGAGCCCACUGGAUGCGCCAGGAAGUUUCAUUUGGGAAACUAAAGCUCACCAACAACAAGGGAGCCUCCAAUAACAUGACCCAGAUGAUCGUGCUGCAGUCCCUCCAUAAGUACCAGCCCCGGCUGCACAUCGUGGAGGUAAACGACGGCGAGCCAGAGUCCGCCUGCAACGCUUCCAACACGCAUAUUUUCACUUUCCAAGAAACCCAGUUUAUUGCGGUGACCGCCUACCAGAACGCCGAGAUCACUCAGCUGAAAAUUGAUAAUAACCCUUUUGCCAAAGGAUUCCGGGAGAACUUUGAGUCCAUGUAUGCAUCUGUUGACACCAGCGUCCCCUCCCCGCCUGGACCCAACUGUCAACUGCUUGGAGGAGACCCCUACUCACCUCUCCUGUCCAACCAGUAUCCCGUUCCCAGCCGCUUCUACCCUGAGCUUCCUGGCCAGGCCAAGGAUGUGGUAUCCCAGCCAUAUUGGCUGGGGGCCCCCCGGGACCACAGUUAUGAGGCUGAGUUCCGAGCAGUCAGCAUGAAGCCCGCAUUCCUGCCCUCCGCCCCCGGGCCCACCGUGUCCUACUAUCGAGGCCAGGAGGUCCUGGCACCUGGAGCUGGCUGGCCUGUGGCUCCCCAGUACCCUCCAAAGAUGGGCCCAGCUGGCUGGUUUCGCCCCAUGCGGACUCUGCCCAUGGAACCUGGUUCAGGAGCCUCUGAGGGGCGGGGGCCAGAGGACCAGGGCUCCCCCUCGCUGUGGACCGAAGUCACCCCCAUCCGGCCAGAGCCCAGUGACUCAGGACUGGGCGAAGGAGACUCUAAGAGGAGGCGGGUGUCCCCGUACCCUUCCAGUGGUGACAGCUCCUCCCCUGCUGGGGCCCCUUCUCCUUUUGAUAAGGAAGCCGAAAGCCAGUUUUAUAGCUAUUUUCCAAAUUGAGCCGAAGUCGAGGAGAAAUGAACAGAUCCAGUGUUGGUAGGUUGGAGGGUGCCAACCGACUCCAUCACAGACGCAGGGUGGAGAAGACCCCGGCUCCCUCGGUCCCUUCUCCAUAUAGUUGGGGAAGAGGUGGGCCCAUAAGGAUUCUGGGGUUCACUUCCUGUUCCACAAUGAAAUGUCAGAGGAGUGUCACCUGCUCCUUCCUCUGCCCAAACUACGGUCACGAACCCGGUGCUGCUUCUCGCUGUUGGUCCCAUGGAGAACAGAAAACAGGCGCAAGGUCUUGGACACAAAGGAGCUUUGUGGCUUCUGGUGGGGUGGGAGGCUCAGAUGGGGAAGGCCAGCUCUGCUUCUUUGUGGAGUCGCUUUCACUGGCUUUAUUUGUGAGUGUAUUAAUCCCUGAUCUGAAAAUAAAGACACACGGAGUUGCCCAGCCAGGGCCAGGGAGAGGACUCAGGUGAAUGGGCAGCUGGCCGGGGCCCCACCUGCUUGGAGACAAGACAGAGCAGUAGAGAGGAAGGGGCUGGGAUGGGGACAGUUCACAUCUUGCCAAGCGAGGUCCUGUUUGUGGUGGUUGUAUGUGCACGUGCUUUUUCCUUGUCUUUUUUUUUUUGAUGGGGAAAGCUAUUUAUUGCACAGAGAGUGGUGUCUCGAUGUAUUUCUUUGUGUUCAU